GGAGGGGUGAGGGAGCUUGGUGAAGCGUCGUGAGUUGCCAUGGAAAUAAGGCCCUGCAGCAGCUCUAGUAGCGGACAGGAGUCCCACGAAAUUUGUCCUCCGGGAUUACUGGUGUUCGCCGGUUGCUCAGAACAAGAUGCCAACCUAGCUAAACAGUUUUGGCUCGGGGCGUCGAUGUAUCCCACUAACGAAUCGCAGCUGGUGCUGAGCAGAGGCAGCAGCCAGCGUCUGCCGGUGGCGCGGUCCACUAAGAGCUCCGUGGCUGACAAAAGUCACUUCCAGUCUUUUCCCUUUGAGUCUAAGAAGGAUACAGAUUUCAUUGCUAACAUCCUGAAGAUUCAGGAAUCGGAGGAGAAAAUAAAAUAUCUACAAAAGGCUAAAAAGAGAGAUGAGAUUCUCCGACUCUUGAGAAAACAAAGAGAAGAAAGGAUCUCGAAAGAACUGAUUUCCCUUCCUUAUAAACCCAAGGCCAAAGAACACAAAGUAAAGGAAGAAGUAUCUGUGUCAGAUAAAGAGGGCCAAGAAGAAGUCAAAGCCUUGCACUGAUCUGCUUGGCACAGGGUAGAAGAUGGCUUACUUAUAUCUUCAUGUUGAAACAACCUACACUUACAUCAGGAUCGCUGGGAUCACUAACAAAGUUUUUUAACUUUGUCAAAAGAAAUAAAAAGUUGAUGAGGAAAGUUAAAUGUGCAUUAUUCCAGAAAUUUUACCAGUUACUGAAUACUUGUGUUCAAAUGGACAAAAAAGUCAAAUAAGUACAAAUAUGUGCAUUUUAUUGUACUUCAACUUUACCUCAAUAAAGCUGUGGGGGGAAUAAAGUUAAAUAAGUA